AUGGCUGCCGCAAGUCCUGUCCCCCAGGCCAUGGAAACCCUCAGCAUUUCCCAACCCAAGACGAAAGAGCUCAAGGGAACCGAGAAACGAGACUCCUUGAUCGCCAUCGAGAAAAAGUAUCAGCAAAAGUGGGCAGAGAGCCACGUCUUCGAACAGGAUGCCCCCUCGAUCCAGGAGGUGCCUCUGCACUCCAUCUCCGCCGCCGAACUGCGAGAGAAGCAGCCCAAGUUCUUUGGCUGCAUGGCAUACCCCUACAUGAAUGGCGUCCUCCACGCCGGCCACACCUUUUCGGCCAGCAAAGUCGAGUUUGCCGCCGGCGUGGCCAGGAUGCAAGGCAAGCGGACCCUGUUCCCCAUGGGCUUCCACUGCACCGGCAUGCCCAUCAAGGCGUGCGCCGACAAGCUGGUCAACGAAAUCAAGCUCUUUGGCCAGGACUUUUCGGGAUACAAGCCCGAGGACGAGGCCGAGGCCAAGCCCGCGACGGGCGCCGCGCCGGCUAAGAAGGAGGACGUCACCAAGUUCUCGACAAACAAGAGUAAGGCCAACGCCAAGACCGUCAAGAUGACCUACCAGUUCCAGAUCAUGAAGUCGAUUGGCAUUCCCCAAGAGGAGAUCCACCUCUUUGCCGACCCGCAGCACUGGCUCAAGUUCUUCCCGCCCCUAGCCACCCGCGACUUGUCCAGCCUGGGAUGCAGAAUCGACUGGCGGAGAUCGUUUGUCACCACCGACGUCAACCCCUACUACGAUGCCUUUGUCCGAUGGCAGAUGAACCGCCUGAGGGAGCUCAACAAGAUCAAGUUUGGCAAGAGAUAUACCAUUUACUCCAUCAAGGACGGCCAGCCCUGCAUGGACCACGACCGUGCUGAGGGUGAGGCCGUCAACCCGCAAGAGUACACGGCCUUGAAGCUGAAAGUCUUGGAAUGGGCACCCCGGGCUGCCGAGGCUAUCAAGGGCAAGGUCCCGGAGGGCUCAGAGAUCUUUCUGGUGCCUGCGACCCUGAGGCCCGAGACCAUGUACGGACAGACGUGCUGCUUCGUGGGACCCAAAAUCACCUACGGUCUCUUCAAGGCAGGCGACAAGGCCUACUACGUCGUCACCGAAAGGGCCGCCCGGAACAUGGCCUACCAGGGAAUCCUGGCCAACCAGGGCGUCAUCGACAAGGCCGGCGAGAUCCAGGGCGCCGACAUUGUGGGCACCCUGGUCAACGCUCCCCUGUCAUGCCACAAGGCCGGCGUUCGAGUCUUGCCCAUGGAGACGGUCUUGCCCACCAAGGGCACGGGCGUCGUCACCUCGGUGCCCUCGGACAGCCCCGAUGACUAUGCCACCGUCACCGAUCUGGCCAAAAAAGCCGACUACUACGGCAUCAAGAAGGAGUGGGCCGAGCUUGAAAUCUUCCCCAUCAUCGAGACGCCAUCGUACGGAGACUUGUGCGCGCCGUUCCUGGUCAAGAAGUUGAAGAUUGCGUCGCCCAAGGAUACCAAGCAGCUGGAAGAGGCCAAGGAGCUGGCAUACAAGGAGGGCUACUAUCAGGGCAUCAUGAAGAUUGGCGACUUCAAGGGUGAAAAGGUCGAGACGGCCAAGCCCAAGGUCCGGAGCCAGCUGUUUGACGCCAGCGAGGCCUUUGCCUAUUCGGAGCCCGAACGAAAGGUGGUUAGCAGGUCGGGCGAUGACUGCAUCGUGGCCCUGAUGGACCAAUGGUACCUGGACUACGGCGAGGAGUCGUGGAAGCAGACGGCGCUCAAGUGGGUCGAGAACGCCGACGGCAAGGGCCUGGAGACGUGGACCCAGGAGACCAGGAACAGCUUCGAGGGCGUCCUGAAUUGGCUGAACCAGUGGGCGUGCGCGAGAUCCUUUGGCCUGGGCUCGAGGCUGCCAUGGGACCCCCAGUUCCUGGUCGAGAGCUUGAGCGACUCCACCAUCUACAUGGCCUACUACACCGUCUGCCACUAUCUCCACAAGGACCUGUUUGGCCGCGACCGGGGCAUCGGCAACGUCGGGGCCGAGCAGAUGAUUGACGAAGUGUGGGACUACAUCUUCUGCCGGCGCGAGCUGAGCGACGAGGUGCUGCAGGGGUCCAAGAUCCCGCGGGCGACGCUCGAGAGCAUGCGACGCGAGUUUGAAUACUUUUACCCGCUCGACGUGCGAAGCUCGGGCAAGGACCUGAUCCCGAACCACUUGACAUUUUUUCUCUACGUGCACCUGGCCAUCUUCCCGCCCGAGUACUGGCCGCGGGGCGUGCGCGCCAACGGGCACCUGAUGCUCAACGGCGAGAAGAUGAGCAAGAGCACGGGCAACUUCAUGACUCUGCACGACCUGGUGGCCAAGUACGGCGCCGACGCGGCGCGCAUCGCCAUCGCGGAUGCCGGAGACGGCGUCAGCGACGCCAACUUUGAGGAGGACGUGGCCGACAACAACAUCCUGCGCCUCUUCACCCUGCGCGAGUGGUGCGAGGAAAUGGUGCGCGACCAAAAGGAGCUGCGAACGGGCGCGACCAACUCGUUCCAGGACGCCCUGUUCAACAACGAGCUCAACCUGUACGCGCGCGAGACCGUGGAGCAGUACAAGCAGACCAACUACAAACUGGCGCUGAAGGCGGGCCUCUACGAGCUGACGAGCGCGCGUGACUUCUAUCGUGAGGCAUGCGCGGCGGCGGGCAUCAAGAUGCACGUGGAUCUCGUCGUGAGGUACAUUGAGCUGCAGGCCUUGCUGCUGGCGGUCAUUGCACCGCACUGGUCCGAGUACAUCUGGCUCGAGGUGCUCAAGAAGGGGACGACGAUCCAGGAGGCGCGGUUCCCCGAGCUGGCGGCGGUGGACGCGGCGCUGUCGGCCAAGAGGGAGUACGUGCGGAACACGUCGUCCAACGUCAACUCGGCCGAGGCGCUGCAGCUGAAGAAGAAGGCCAAGGGCAAGGAGGUGUCGUUUGACCCGAAGCGGCCCAAGAAGCUGACGAUUUACAUGACGGACAAGUUCCCGCCGUGGCAGGCCAAGUACAUUGAGCUGCUCAAGGAGAUGUGGAACACGGAGAGCAAGACGGUAGACGACAAGGCGCUCAACGGGCGGAUCGGCAAGAUGGGAGAGAUGAAGAAGGCGAUGCCGUUUGUGCAGAGCCUGAAGAAGCGGCUGCAGGCGGGCGAGGAGGCGAGGGUGGUGCUGGAGCAGAAGCUGGCGUUUGACGAGAAGGAGACGCUGGGGCAGAUGGUGGCCGGGCUGUGCCGGACGGCUGGGCUGAAGGCGUGCCGAGUGGUGGUGGUGGAGGAAGGGGGAAAGAAGGGGUGGGAGCUGGCGGACGGCAAGGAGGUGGAGAUUGGGGUGGCGGUUGCGGAGCACGCGGUGCCCGGCGUGCCGACGUUUUUCUUUGAGAACGUCGAGGGUUGA